UGCCGAGGGCUUCGCUAAUUUGCAGCAGGUAGCGAAGUUCAAGCUGUUUACCGAGGCGCCCUCUUCCAACAAGGGCUGGAAAGAUAGAUGGUGCUACGUCCGGUUGUCCGAGAAUCCCUUCCCGAGGGAGCUACGGGACCGCUUUCGGCGCCACGAGAGGGUGGGGAGUGCCGCCCUAGAGAGAGAUGGCCUGAAACUCGCCAAGAUCCCGGAGGGCAAGAAGAAGGUCGUGACGAUCAAAGAGUGCACUCUUGAGGAAGACUUGCAUGCCCUCGGGUUCCAACGGUACCGGUUCAUCGGGGAAAUAGAUGAGAAGUAUCCUGUCUUCACUGAGGCCUUCGGGGGGGCAGGAGGUAUGGAGGCUCUCUUCGCAAUGAAAAAGAAGAAGGAGAGGGCGCAAGCCCAGAAGAAGGAGAAGACGGAGCCCUCGGGUCAAAAGCCCAUUGAUGAGGUUUUCCCGAAGGAGACCGCAGAGCCUUCAGUUGCUGCUGCUCCUGUUACUGCGGCCGGGGGGCCGAAGGCUGAUGUGGCAGCCAAAAAGAAAAAGGGGGGCAAGGGGGUGGAGCCCCCGAUCAAGAAGCAGAAGGUUGCCGGGGACGCCGUUGAGAAGGCGGCCCCCCUCAUAAUACUCGAUGAUCAGCCCUCUGCUGACCCCCCGGCAAUUGAUACUCCGAUGGCUCAGACAGACCUUCCCUCGGGGAAGAUGCCUCGGGAGAUUAUUCGGCUCUCCCUCGCUUCGGGGGCAUCCGUAUUGCCCGGUUCAGCCGAGCCGAUGUCUUUCCUGAGGGGGAUUACCUCGAUGAUGGACAAAGAAGCCCUCUCCACCUAUAACGAUGACGCCCUCGAAGCCAGGGCCCUUCGAUCAGCUCUGACUGCGUGCAUAACCUUCGGCGAGCAGGCCCGAAGGCGAGAGGAGUGGUGCCAUCGUAAGGCCGAGCUAGAGAGGUCUGUGGAGGAGCUGAUUCGUGACAAGGACGCUGCCCUCCGGGAGGUGUGCAAGUUGGAGGAUGCCCUUCGCCAAGCGGAGCUGCGGCUGAAGGAGGCCAGAGAAGAUGGGAAGGCCGAGGGCAGGGCUGAGGCCGAGAGGAUUGCGGCCGAGGAGAGAAAACAAGCUGCCGAGGACGCCGAGAAGGCCAAAGCUGAAGCUGCCGCAAAAGCCCGAGAAGAGGCCAUUGCUGGGUUCACCUCCGAGGGCUGGAAGGCCGAGGGCCAGAGCGAGUGGGUGGCCUCUGUGGUGAAGGCCUCGAUCGAGGAGUGGGUGAGGGGCCCCGGGCUCGACUGGAUGAAUGAGAGGGGCGACACCUACUAUCAAGCUGGCGAGUUCUUCACCCAGCACCUGGUUUACCGGAGGCUCGCCCGGUAUUUUGGCACCUCCCUGGAUGAGUUCAACCCCUCGGUGUACGGCCUCCCCCCAUUGCAGCCAGAUGUUCGGGUCCCCCUCCCCGAGGGAGAAGAGCGCUCGGUGAUUCAUGAUUCCAUGAUGAUGGGCGUCGAUGAUGAUGCCGAGGACGCCACCGGGACGAAGGUUACCUCGAAGCCAUCGGGGGAGGGUGCCCCCGGGAACGAUGCUGUUGAUGUGUAAUAGGCGCUUAGAAAUCCCUGAACACAUUUUGUAAUGAAUAACUUUGAUCCUUCGGCUUCGGCCUGUCUGUAAUGAUUACAUUGACUCUUUUUGUCGUAAUUGAAUGAUUGCCUUCGGGCUUUGUG